AUGCUCCCUUUCUGCAACUCGCCUUUGUGGCACCUGAAUUACACGUGGUACUCGGAAUACCCAAGGCUGACCUCAUGCUUCGAGACUACAGUCCUUGCCUACAUUCCGCUGGCUGUCCUUGUGCUGUUUGGCUUCAUUUCGUGGCCCGUGGGACUACGGAAUACGCAGCAUUUCUACGGAAAAGCACUCUCCUGGACAACGCUCGGUCUGUUCAGAUUCGUUGCAAGCCUUCUGUUGACCCUCACUCACGCCAUCUCGCUCGCGUACAAGCUUGCUACUGGAGCAUCCUCUGUGUCAUCGGUGACGGCAGACCUUGUACAUACCGUCACCUUUGCCCUUACGCUGAAAGUUCAAGAGAAGAAUCGAAAGAAGGGAAUAGGAUCUUCGAUGUUGCUGUUUUUCUUCUGGUUGGCGGCGGUUGUCUGCAGGCUGCCCGAGUUCUUCCGCUACAUGUGGGAAGUCUUCGCGUCGGACCGUGACUUGCCUGAUGUUUCGGAAUUCGAAAUGGCUGUGGUUGCUUCAUGUUAUAUAUUGGUUUGCUUGCAAUUGCUGCUGUCCUGUUGGACCGACGCGAAGCAAGACGUGAAAAGACCAUACCUCACCGCACCACCUGUAUCCUCGCUUCUAUUCGCAUGGUUUUCCCUCAAAAAAUCGCGGCGCCCUCUCCAGCUUGAAGUUAUAUACGACAUACCACCGGACAUGAAAACCAAACCAAGUCAUAGUACGUGGAGUGAACUUUGGAGCAAGGAACUGAGUUCAGCUGGAUACAUGCCAGGAGAUGGAUCAUGCAUUUCUGGGGCGCCACCUUCAAUGCUCAGGUCACUCUGGAAAGUGUACUGGAAGCCUGUGGUGUUUUCGUGCCUCCUUGCCACAUUACGAGCUGUGGUGAAGAUCGUCCCAGCUCCAUUGUUACAUUUUCUGAUAAGCUACAUGGUGGGAAACGAUCCUACUUGGAUAGGAAUUGCGUACGCCCUCGGUAUAGUAAGCGCGAACUUUGGUUCCAGCCUGCUUGCUGUUCACAUAGACCGAACACUAAGCGUUACGGGGCUAAAUGUGAAGACUGUCAUGGUGGCGGCCAUUUAUAGAAAGAUACUCCGGCUUUCUAGCGAGUCGCAGAGAUGCUACGGAAUCGGGGAGCUGAUCACGUUGAUUUCCGUUGACGCUGAUCGGAUCUUCAGACUUAGUAUAACUGCUGGCUAUGUGGCGGGUGGAGUGCCGCUGAUCAUUAUCUCAGUCGUCCUUCUGUGGCAGUAUCUUGGAGGAGCGUGCCUCGCCGGCGUUGCUGCCAUACUCGUCAUAAUGCCUUUGAUGGCACUAGCGGUCAGCCUCGGCAACAAGUACCAGACUAAACAAAUGAGACUGAAAGACAAGAGGCUCAAAACUGUGGCAGAGAUGUUGUCAAGCGUGAAAGUUCUCAAGUUUUUCGCCUGGGAAAAGCUAUUCAUUGACAAGUGCACUUCUUUGCGAUUAGAUGAGAUGGGUCUGCUCAAGAAAUAUUCGUACCUAAAUGCUUUUAGUUUCUGUAUUCUUAAGUGUUCGUCUUCUAUAGUUGCUCUUGUCAGCUUUGUGACUUAUCUGGAAAUCAGCGACGAUAACAUUCUGGACUCCACGACCGCCUUUGUUUCUUUGACCCUAUUCAACCUAAUGCAGUUCCCCAUAUUUAUAAUUCCAGACUUUAUUUCGAAUGCGGUUCAGACGAGCGUUUCAAUGCUGAGAAUUCGAAAGUUUUUGCUAUCUUCUGAAGUAGAGAACUGUUCAUUUGGUCACCAACUGAAUGUAGGCGACGUAGUCUCGGUGAAAAACGCAACACUUUCUUGGUCGAAGGACGAAACUCCGGUGUUGAACAAUAUUACCCUGACCGUCAAGACCGGUCAAUUGAUCGCAGUUGUUGGGCCCGUAGGUUCUGGCAAGUCCUGCUUGCUUUCUGCAUUGUUGGGGAACCUCCGGGUUUGCUCAGGAACUGUUGAUUGCAUCGAAAGUAUAGCGUACGCUCCUCAAUGUCCGUGGAUUCAAAACAAAACCAUACGAGAAAAUAUUCUCUUUACGAGUGCGUACGACGACGAACUGUACGAAAUGAUACUGAAGGUGUGUUGCCUCGAGAAAGACUUGGAUAUUCUUCCCGGUGGAGGCUUAACGGAAAUCGGAGAAAAAGGAAUCAACUUAAGCGGUGGUCAGAAACAGAGGGUGAGUCUAGCAAGAGCAGCCUUCCAGAGGAAAGACCUUUAUCUUUUUGACGAUCCGCUAAGCGCAGUCGACGCCCACGUCGGCGCUUCCCUUUUUGAGGACCUUAUCGGACCACGAGGAAUACUGAAGGAAACAACAAGAAUCUUGGUUACUCAUAACCUUUCGGUGCUCAAUGAGGUUAGCUAUAUCGUAGUCAUGCAGAAAGGCUCGAUCGUUGAGUCUGGUACCUUUGAAGAUCUUAAGCAAGAAGGGAGUGUUCUUUCAGGUUUAUUGAAAAACGUUUCCAGUAUGGUUGGAGAAAUGAAUGAGGACAGGGACGUUUUUACAGACACAAGUAAGGAGUCCAAACUUGAGAAAGAUAAGCUGAAUAUCACCCUUGUGGAGAAAGAGACAAUGGAAGAGGGUUCAAUCAGCCCCCAAAUAUAUCGAACCUACAUAAGGCACGCUGGAUCUAUGCUGAUUGUGGUUAUUUUGUUUUAUGCCAUCUACAGAGCAGUCGGUGUGUACAUGGGGAUCUGGCUGAGCGAAUGGAGCAACGAUUCACUCGUUCCAGGAGGUACACAGGGCAUAUCUCUGCGCGCCUACAGAAUCGAGGUUUACUCAGUUCUUUGUAUUUCUAUGGCUGUUGCUAAUUUUAUUGCUGUCGCGUUAUUGUGGAAAGUAGUGCUCUCAACCUCCACAACUCUUUUCCAGUUGGGGCUCGAAGGUGUGAUGAGAGCACCUUUGACAUUUUUUGAUGCUAAUCCUUCUGGGCGCUUAUUAAACCGCUUCGGUAAAGACGUAGACGAGAUGGAUGUGCAACUUCCAACCGCAGCUCAGUUUACUCUCGAUUUUCUGUUACUGUUUGUGUCAUCGGUCAUUCUUAUAUGCAUAUAUAUUCCCACUUACAUUUUGAUCGUCAUUCCGGUUACCGUGGUUCUGAUUGUUUUACGUCAAACGUACGUGGUCCCAUUUCGCCAAAUGAAAAGAUUAGAAGCGGUGACGCGUUCUCCAGUCAACCAUCAUUUUUCGGAAACCGUGACGGGUUUGAGCAGCAUCAGGGGUUAUGGUGUUCAGGGUAUAUAUUUACGUGACAACGACGAAAAACUGGACACCAUGCAGAAAUGUACUAUGAACGGCCUUUAUUUCGAAUACUGGAUAGAAAUCUGGAUGGACCUGGCUUGUGAAGCUCUUGUGGGCUCGAUGCUCCUUCUGGUUGUUACCAACCGCGACAAGAUUGAUCCUGGAACAACGGGCCUUCUGGUGUCCUACAUGCUGGGCGCAAUGAGCCCGAUCAUCUAUAUGAUGUUUUACUCAACGGAACUAGAAGCGACAUUGAUAUCUGCCGAACGACUGGAUGAAUACAGGCGUUUGACUCCCGAAGCACCCUGGACGUCAGAUUUUAGUCCGGACCCUUGUUGGCCUCGGUCUGGUGCGGUGUCCUUCAAGUCUUACUCGACUCGAUAUCGAGAUGAAUUAGACCUGGUUUUGAAGAGCGUUCAUCUCGACGUGCACCCCGGCGAGAAGAUUGGAAUUGUAGGACGAACAGGGGCAGGUAAAUCAACACUAACCCUAAGCCUUUUUCGUAUUAUUGAGGCGGCAGCAGGCAAGAUCCUGGUGGAUGACGUAGACAUUGCUACCUUAGGGUUACACGAACUCCGCUCCAGGAUAACCAUCAUACCACAGGACCCAAUUCUAUUUCACGGCACUUUACGAUUCAACCUUGACCCGGCCGGACAGCACGAUACUGAAGACCUCUGGUCAGCACUAGACAAAUCUCACCUUGGCGAUUUUUUCAGGGUAGGUGAUGGUCUUGACUUCGAAAUUGCAGAGGGCGGACUUAACCUCAGCGUGGGCCAGAGGCAGCUGGUCUGUCUCGCGAGGGCUGUGUUGAGAAAGACAAAAAUACUCGUCCUUGACGAAGCCACCGCAUCAGUGGACACGAAGACGGAUUUGCUCGUUCAGCAGACGCUGAGAGAUGUGAUGAGUGGGUGCACAGUGUUGACAAUUGCUCAUCGUCUUCACAGUGUUCUGGCGUCCGAUCGCGUUGCUGUGAUGGAUCAAGGAAGAGUUGUUGAAGUCGGUAGUCCGUCAAAACUCCUGGAUGAUAAGAGGUCAUUGUUCUAUGCUAUCGCUCUUGAAGCGGGAGUUGUGUUUAACUGCGCUGAAGUGUGAGACCAU